GAGACCCACAAAGAAGUCGUUCGAGAAAGUAAAAAACACUUGACUGGAAUGCACUCUGCAUCUUUUGAAAGUUAAACAUGUCACCGGAACACUUGAAGGUGGUGCAGUGGUCAGCACUCUCACCUCUCAGUGAGAAGGUCCUGGUUCAAAUCCCAGCUGGGUCCGUUCUGCGUGGCGUUUGCAUGUUUAUUACAUGUUUCAGGUUCAAGCCUGGUCUCCUGGGUUCUGGGUCUCACAGCAACAGUUCCUGACACACCUUCACAGUGAAACAUUGUUCUACAGUAUUUUCUCUACAAACUCAGGUAGAACUUCUUCCACCAGGGGGCGCAGUGCGUAAGAGGUUUCUCAGGGUAAACAUCUCAGAAAUGAGCUCCAGCUCUCCAGCUUUAGCCUCAAACGGGUUCCAGUGUUCCGGGCCAGGGUUCUUCUGAAGUUCUGCUCAUGUUCUGAGAAUCUCCACAGUCAGGUUUGAACUCUGGUUGAUUUGGGGAAGUGAAGAUGGGGGCGCUUCCCUCCUCAGAGGAGAAAAAAGGAAGGUAUCUGCAGCAGAAACACCACCAAGGAAAUGUUGUGAAACUUCCAGAGUGAUGAGUGGACAGUUUCUCAACCGUUUUUGGGAGGAGACCCAGAUCCACCGAACUUCAGGCUCUGACCAAAAACUGUUGGAGGAUUUCUGUGGACAACAGCUGAGGAAGAGCAUCUUCUGAUCUUCUGAGGUGAGCGUUUGGGUACAGAUGGAGAACAAGAACCACUACCGCUACGAAAAUGAGAUGGACACCAGCGUGCUGUGGCUCAAAGACACUCCGCCAGUCCUGGGCUCAGGCGCGCCCAGGCUCAGGUCCUGGAUGGUUCCCGCUCUGAUGGCUGCAGUGCUCCUGGUGCUCAUCGUGGUUCUGGGAGUCUACAACAGUAAGAAAUCGGAGCGUCUGGCGUCCACAGAAGGGAAGGUUUCCAACCUGACUGACACCGUCCAAUCACUGAGCGUCUCUCUGCUCCAUGCUCAAGAGACCAUUAAAGAUCUUCACCAGCUGAAGUUCUCGGUGGAGAACCAGAAGGAGCAGCUGACUGCAGUGUCCGACGCGCUGAAGCACCUGUCGGUGGUGGACUCUCUGGUCCGGAGCGUCGCUGAGCUCAGAUCUUCCCUCAACAGUAUGAUCAACAACGAUUCUGCAGCAGACCGGUGCAGCUCUUCCGGCUGGACUCGGUUCGGUUCCAGCUGUUACUUCUUUAGCCGGGUCACCUUGAGCUGGAACGAGUCCAAAGACUGGUGCGAGAAGCAGAACGCUCACCUGGUCAUCAUCAGCACCGACGGCGAGUGGGACUUUGUCACCAAAAAAUCUAUUCCUGUUUGGUACUGGGUCGGCCUGUCUGACGGCAGGACUGGGAAGUGGGAGUGGGUGAACCACACUCCGUACACGAUAGAGCAAAGGCGGUGGAGACCCGGACAGCCGGAUAACUGGGUGGUUCCGGUCCAUGGGAGUGAAGACUGCGCUCACCUGUACGAGAAUGGGCUCCUGAACGACCUGCACUGCUACCGACAGCUGCGCUUCAUCUGCCAGAGACACGAGGGGCACAUGUGACAGAGGCUCCGCCCACAACGUGCCCGGCUGAAGACCUGCUGCAUCAACCAAUCAGGAAAAACCUUUGAAUCGAGUGUAAACCAGCAAACCUUUUCUUUACCACGGACCGGUAUCUACCCGGUUCUAGUGAGGUCCACUUUGAUGUUAAGGGAGGAGUUAAAGGGAAAUCUAGUUCUGAGAGUAAAACGGGUCAAAGCCAUAAAUAUAUAAAAUCAAAAUGUUAAGCUGAUGGGUCUAAGCUGCUCCUGCAAUAGAACCAACCAGAACCAACCAGGUUCUGACUGAAAUGGUUCUACAAUGAAUAUACUGUAGAGUUGGGAAGAGUCUGUAUUUACUGAGGAUUCAGUCUGACCAAUCAGAGGGAUCGCUGAAAACCCAUUACAAUAAACGACUGAGGUCAUUUUCAUAGAAAGGUGUCCUGAGACCCAGCAGCACCAAGCCGGUUCUGUUCAGACCCACAUGCUCCAGCAGAACCAGAAACUGCUUGAGAAGGUCUGAACCAAACAAUUCCCGCUGUUUGAGAGCAAUGCUGAGGGCAGAACCAUGUCAGAACCAGCAGUGCUGAAGGUUCUGCUCUGUGUUAAAGAUGAAUACAUGACGGGUCAAGAGUCAAUAAAAAGUUCUGAUGAAAA